AAUUUAAAUUAAAAAAAAUUAUAGUUAAGAAAUUAAAAAAACGUUAUUGUGAUAUUUAUUAAAUUUACUAAUUUGACUUAAACUAAUUUAUUGUUUUUUAUUAUUAAAAACUUAUUACAUAAAUUCAUUAUGUUAUUCAUUAUUAUUUUUGUAACAUUAUUUCAAUACGGUUUGAUGUUUGCAAAUUGUCCCGAUAUUGGCGAUAUUCAACCUUGCUCAUGUGAUAAGGAUAGUAAAAAUAUUACAUGCAAACUUAAUAAUGAGGAAAUACCAGAUUUGAAAGCCAUGUUUGCUACCAUUGACAGUAAAAUAGUUGACGGGAAUAAAAAUUUUCCAAGUUUUUCACUAAUCAAUGUUAAAUUACCUAAAUUACCGGAAAAAUUGUUUAGUGGUUUAAAAUUUGAUCAAGUUAAUUUAGUUGGAAUCACAUUCACCGAUAAUACUAAUCGAAUUGAUCCGAAAGUAUUUGAUGGACAACAAGAUUCAGUAAAACAACUAAAAUUAGUUUUGAAUGAUAUAACAGUUGAUGAAAUUAAAUCUGCGAUUAAUAAUUUGCAAUCAUUGGAAACUUUGCACAUAUAUGACGUCAAACAAUUGAAUUUACAAGAAAAUACUUUCGAAAAUUUACCAAAACUUACAAAUGUUUACUUAGAAAAUGUUGAAAUUCAAACAAUCAAAGAAAAUGCUUUCAAAAGUUUAGAUGCUUUACAACUGUUAUCAAUGCGCACCUGUAGUUUUAAUAAAGUAUCUGCCCGUGCAUUUGCCCUGGGUCAAGCCAACCAUGAUACUACUAUUGAAUUUAAUUUUAAUAAGAAAUUCAAUGUACCAAAUAUUGAUGACAAAUGUUUUGACAAAAUUGAACGAUCGGUUACUAUAUUAUAUGAAAAUCAAUUAAGUGUUGUAUCAAAUACUCAUCCUAUUUUGGAUGAAAACAUUUUCACUACACUUUUAAAACAAUCAAAAGAAAACAAAAUUGUGGCCAAAAUUGAUUGUAAUAAUUGUGGAAAYAUGUGGUUAAUUAAUGAACAGUGGAAAUCACAAAUUGAUGGCACUGUCUGUACAGAUGGUAAUACUAUCUAUAAGUCAUAUUUGCGAUUAUGUGACCAAACAACUACUCCUAGUAAUGCUUUUAAUAUAAAAUCUAAUAAUUUGUUUGUUAGUAUAAUAUUUGCUUUUAGUUUAUUUUUCUAUUUAAGUUUAAUUCAUUAAUUGAAUUAAUUUUWAUAAUUUACUAUAAAUAUUUG